CAUCAGGGCACUGAUGAUCAGUGCCCUGAUGAUCGGUGCCCAGCAGUGCCAUCCACCAGUUCCGCCAACCUGUGCCCAGCAGUGCACCCACCUGUGCCCAGCAGUGCCACCCAGCAGUGCCACUUACCUGUGCCCAGAAGAGCCAUCUACCUGUGCCCACCAGUGCCACCUACCUGUGCCCACUAGUGCCACCCACUUGUGCCCAUCAAUGCAGUGCUGCCAGUCAGUUCCACCAGUCAUCAGUGCCACCUAUCAGUGCUGUCUAUCAGUACCCAUCAUCAGUGCCACCUAUCAGUGCCGCCUAUCCGUGCCACCUCAUUAGUGCUGCCUAUCGGUGCCCCUAUCAGUG